AUGUCCAGAUCCGCCACAAUAAAAAGAGACACAAAUGAAACAAAGAUUCAAAUAGCCCUCUCAUUGGAUGGUGGUCACAUCGCCCUACAAGAGUCGAUAUUUCCCAAGAAGGUCGAGGACGACCACGCUACACAGCUGAGCCUGGCGCAAGUGAUCCUGGUCCAGACUGGUAUUGGUUUCUUAGACCACAUGUUACAUGCGUUGGCCAAACACUCAGGUUGGUCUCUUAUAGUCGAAUGCAUUGGCGACUUGCACAUCGAUGAUCACCACACAGCAGAAGAUGUUGGUAUUACGCUAGGCCUCACUUUCCAUAAAGCGUUGGGCCAGGUAAAAGGAGUGAAGAGAUUUGGCUCUGGUUUCGCCCCCUUGGAUGAGGCAUUAAGCCGAGCAGUCGUUGACUUGUCCAACAGACCGUAUGCUGUCAUAGAGUUGGGGUUAAAGAGAGAGAAAAUUGGCGAUUUGUCGUGUGAGAUGAUACCUCACGUUCUCGAGAGUUUUGCCCAGGGUGCUGCGAUCACCAUCCAUGUUGACUGCUUGAGAGGAUUCAACGACCACCACAGAGCCGAGAGUGCUUUUAAAGCUUUGGCCGUCGCUAUAAAGGAGGCUAUAAGCAGAACUGGCACCAAUGAUGUUCCCAGUACCAAGGGUGUUUUGUUUUGA